AGCAGUUCCAUUCUUGCAGGUAAACUUUCUAGGUCACUUAGCUGGUGGUGUUUCAACCCAGGACUCGCAAUGAAAGAAUUUGUGAAACUUGGUGUGCUCUCAAUUAUAUUGACAUCCGGAACAUUAUCUCCCCUUGAAUCAUGUGCCCAGGAAAUGAACUUGGAAUUUCCAGUGAGGUUGGAGAACCCUCAUGUUGUGUCAUCUGAUCAGGUCUGGGUGGGAGUUGUACCUAGUGGUCCCUCUGGUUAUUCGCUUAAUUCCUCCUAUCGCACUCGUGAUUCUCUUGAGUAUAAGCAGGAACUGGGCAACACCAUUGUGAAUUUAUCUAAAAUUGUGCCUGCUGGAUUACUUGUCUUCUUUCCAUCUUACUAUCUUAUGGAUCGAUGCAUUGAAUGUUGGAAGAGUAUGAGUCAUGCAAGGUCGAGUGAUUGCAUUACAAUAUGGGAAAGAAUCUGCAAAAAUAAACAGCCUGUUAUAGAACCCAAGCAGUCGGCACUUUUCCCAAAUGCAGUCGAGGAUUUUGAGGCUAAACUGCAUGAUAGGACUACUUCGGGGGCAAUUUUUUUUGCAGUUUGUCGUGGCAAAGCCUCUUCUAAUACUCAUGAAUCCUUGGACAACACAUGGUCUACUUGCAUUUUAACCCUAUUCUGA